GUUUGGAAAACUCAGAAGAAACAUUACGAAGCGGUUCUGAGAAGAUGAAACUGUUCGACGCGCACUGUCACCUUCAAGACCCCAGGAUUAUCAGCAAAGCUCCUCAGCUCAUCUCCUCCGCUGUAGCUUCCGGCGUCUCUGCCUUCGCCGUUAAUGGAGUCUCCGAGAAAGAUUGGAACUUGGUCAAAGAGAUGGGAGUGAAAUACCCUUCUGUUGUUCCCUGCUUUGGUAUCCAUCCAUGGUAUGUAGCAGAGAGGAGUCCUCAAUGGUUUGAGACGUUGAAGAGCAUGUUUGAGACCACUCCUACUGCUGCUGUUGGAGAAAUUGGUUUGGACAAAGGGUCUAAGGGAAGGGAGAUUGAUUUCUCAGAUCAGGUUGGAGUGUUUCGUCGACAGCUUGAACUUGCAAAGGAACUGAAUAAACCUGCGUCCAUUCACUGUGUCCGUGCAUUUGGGGAUCUACUUGAGAUAACAAAAUCUGUAGGGCCUUUUCCUGCUGGGGUCAUCCUUCACUCGUACUUGGGCGCAGCUGAGAUGGUUCCUGAGUUUGCAAAGCUCGGUGCAUACUUCUCCUUCUCUGGUUUUCUCAUGUCCAUGAGCGAGAAGAAAGCCAAGAAGAUGUUGAAAGCAGUUCCUUCUGAUAGGAUCUUAUUAGAGACUGAUUCACCGGAUGCAUUACCAAAGUCAGAGUCAGGGACUCUCUACUUUGUACAAGGAGAUCCUUCUCUGCUGCCAGAAAAAGGAAACUCAUCUCAGGAUCUUGAGUCUAAUGCUUCCUCCAGUGGCGGCUCGAUGAAAUUGCCGAAGGAAACACUUAAUCACCCUGCUAACAUUCAUACCGUACUCGGGUAUGUAGCAAGGUUGUUGGACAUGAACAACGAAGAACUCGCGGAACUAAGCUAUACAAAUGCUGUUCGGUUGUUCUCUUAUUCUGGUUCUAAGCUGCUUCUUGAGAGAAGUGCCGCUGAUGUCUCUGGUCACACUCAGAACCAUUCAACAACACAUGUACCAUCAAGUUCUUAAGACAUUUACAAGUCUUUGAAGUUGCAAUAGUGUUGUAGACUCACACUUCACUUUGUAUAAGACUUUUUUUUAACUAUAUUUGACAUGUUCAUAUAUGAUAUGAUGAUGAUAAUAAAGAUUAUAGAUUUACAUAA